AUGGUGCACGUAAACAAUAUUAUAUCAUUAAAUGAAUGUUCGGAGCACAAGGAGAGGAUGUUCGACAUAGGGAUAGCAAUGGAGAACAGUUUGGCCAACUGCAACAGUUUAUAUAGGGAAGCACGAUAUGGUGCGAUGCGUGGUGAUAGGCGUGAGAAUAAUAAAGAAUAUUAUGACAGUUGCAGGGAUAACAGAGAAUGCAGCGUAACAUGCGAUGAUGCGAGUUAUGACAUAAUACGGUGUGAUAGACGUAGUAGCAUUGGAAAUGUUGAACGGAGUAACCACCAGAACGACCUUAAAGUGCGUGAUGAAUGUGCAUCUCUUGUAACUUGCCGAGUAACCCAGCGCAAGAAUAAUUCACCGCACAAUGACCGUAAUGAUUGUGGGUGCGUGUCGUGGGAUGAGCUUUUCUCCUAUGGAACACGUACUAAAUCGCUUGAACAGGAUGAGGAAGGAGUAAUCAGUGCGAUACGCACUCAAAGCGUUCGCGUGGAUGCGCAUGAACAGGCAAUUGAUGAUGAAAUGGUUACAAUAGCGGGCAUAUUGCUUAGUCUAGGAAGAUGA